UUGUCGCUCCUCCUGCUCCCUGUUCAAUCCUCUUGUUACUCCUCUGGGACUUUGUCCCCUCCUGUCCUCCUUAGACUCCUCAAGUCUUCCCUUUACUCCUCAACUCGUCCUGUUAUUUCCAUUUUUACGCUUCACUGUUCCUUUGACUCCAGAUCCUCUGUUUAUGUCUCUUCUGACUCCUCAGCCCCUCCUCAGAUCUUCUCCUCUCCUAACCCUCUCCUUUGAAUCCCCUCCUCUGUGACACACCUGGUUGCUAGGUAACAGCCUAUCAGAUGACAUCACUACGUGGCUCUGGCCUAUCAGGUUCCAGGUGUUGUGAGACAGACAGCCAUGUGACCCAGCUCACCUGUUCCUGCCUCAGUCUGAACAGUUCUUGAGUACUGAGUAUGCCGUCUGAUAAACGGAACCGGAACCUUCCUACUGUGACGCAACAGUCGGAGGUGUUUGACCGUGACACCGACGGGACAACUUGGAAGCAGCCGUUGUAGCAGGAACCCCGCGAGGAAGAUGAGCACCAAACAGGUGACCUGCAGGUAUUUCCUCCAUGGUGUGUGCAGGGAGGGCAGCCGCUGCCUCUUCUCUCACGACCCGACCAACAGUAAACCCUCCACCAUCUGCAAGUUCUACCAGAGAGGAGUGUGCGCCUACGGAGAGCGCUGCAGGUAUGACCACAUCAAAUCUUCAUCCAGAGGAGGAGGGGGAGGAGCUUCAGAGGAUCAAGCAGGUGUGGGAGGAGCUGUGGGAGGAGCUUCAUAUAGAGGUGGUGUGAAGAAGAUGCUAGUCCUCAGAGAAAGAGUGCUGGCUGUAGACAGUAUGUACGGGGGUCCAGCAGACAGUUUGGGGUCAGAGGUCAUGGCGGCAGCAGCAGCAGCGGCUUCUCCUCAGUCUUAUGUGGACGCCAUCAGGACGGGUCUGGACGCCUCAGCACGGGAACAAGCCCCUCCCACAGUGGGCAGGCCCUACCAGGACCCCCCCCAGCUGUGUCCGUACGCUGCUGCUGGACACUGUUACUAUGAAGACAACUGUACGUAUCUGCAUGGCGACCUGUGUGAAGUGUGUCGGCUGCAGGUGCUCCACCCCCACGACGCCGAGCAGAGGAGAGCACAUGAGAAGAUUUGUCUGCUGGCCUUUGAGGCUGACAUGGAGAAGGCUUUUGCAGCUCAGCUGAGUCAGGACAAGGUGUGUUCCAUUUGUAUGGAGGUGGUGGUGCAGAAGUUGAACCCGGCAGACCGCAGGUUCGGCAUCCUGUCCUCCUGCUGUCACACCUUCUGUCUGUCCUGCAUCCGUCAGUGGCGCUGCACCAGAAACUUCAGCAACAAGAUCAUUAAGUCAUGUCCAGAGUGUCGAGUCACCUCGGAGUUCGUCAUCCCUUCGGUGUACUGGGUGGAGGACCAGGAGGACAAAGACCAUCUCAUAGAACUGUUCAAGUCUGGAGUCAGUAAGAAGUCCUGUAAGUACUUUGAUCAGGGUCGCGGUUCGUGUCCAUUCGGAGGGAAAUGUUUGUAUCUUCACGCCUUCCCAGAUGGAACCCGAGCAGAACCCGACCGGCCACGGAAACAGCUGAGCUCUGAGGGAAACGUCCGGUUCAUGAACAGCGUCCGUCUGUGGGACUUCAUCGAGGAGCGCGAGCAGCAGUCGGCUCCGCCCCUGCCGUCCCUGAAUGAUGACAUCACAGAGCUGAGGGAGCUCUUCAUGCAGAUGUCAGGACCGAGCCAUGACGAGCCGGACACCCUGCCCAGUUCAGAGCAGUAG